UUAAUCAUAUUCUCCCUCCAGAAUGUCACUCGCAACAUCAUUCAUGACUCAGUUCGUGUAGAUGGACGUGGUCACGGUACAAUUCACGAUGUUCAACUCAGUGAAAAAGCUGCCAUUCAUGAGGAGACUGAUUCACCGAGGGUUGCUGCAAUACGCGCUAAGUACGAGGAUAAGUUGCAAGAAGUAAAUGAGUUGAAGGAUCGUGCCAGUAUUGUGCAGAAAAGAGUCGAAGUGCUGGACAAACUGGUGGAAGGAGCUGGUAACAAUGUUGUCUGCCCACCAAAGGAGUCGCGAGAACCUUUCCUUCUAAACAAGGAAACACUGGACAGUCUCAAAGAUUUCUAUUCUUUUUAUGAAGAGAAUUCUGCGUCAAUCCGUUCAGAAUUACGCAAAGUGAACAAGACACUUGAAAAAAGUGAAAGGGAGCUGUGCGCUCUAGAAGGGGAAUUGAACAGAGCGGAGUCGGAAUACAGAUCGAGACAAUUUAGCAAGUCGAUUGUGAUCACUUUGGAGAGUGAGAAAGGUGGCUCUGUUCAGCUCGAAUUGACUUACCAAGUAUAUGGCGCCAAUUGGCGACCUAGUUACGAUUUGCGAGUCGAUACAAGUGGACAGCAAUCUCUUAAGAUCACCUAUUUUGGAAACAUAUCACAGUCGACAGGAGAAGAUUGGGCCGAUGCAUCACUUGUACUUUCCACCGCUCAGCCUUGCCUUGGUGGGCAAAUUCCCGAACUUGGUGUUUUGGAAGCUGUCUUUUAUCGUCCCCCACCUCCGCCUGUCGCUCAGCCGUUAAUGGCAAGAAAUAGAAUGUUCAAAGCGGGCGCUGCUCCUAUGGGUUUUGCUGCAGUUCAAGAAUGCAGUGUUCUAGACGCAGCUCCAAUGCAUACAGAGAUGGCUCGUGUUUUGGAACCUGCUCAGCACGCAUUGAGCACCGAGUUUAUGAUCACCAAACCAGCGGCUGUUCCAUCGGACGGGGCUGAACAUAAGGUGACAAUCGGCGUGGUCGACGUCACUCCCCAGAUGAUCCAUGAGUGUGUUCCAUGUAAAAACACAAGCACUUUCUUGACUGCUUCGGCAGUGAAUUCUUCAGCACUCCCAUUUUUGCCAGGAGAUGCGGCUACCAACAUGAAGAAUGUGUCUCCAGGCGAGAGGUUCUCUUGCUCUCUUGGUGUCGAUACUGCCUUACGUGUUGAGUACAAACCAGUCAAAAAGUACCAUGAACAGGUUGGUCUCAUCAAUAAGAGCUCUUCGAACGUUCACGAGCAGGUGAUCGUUGUGAAGAAUUCACGUGCGCAGCCUGUGUUGCUCACGAUCAAAGAACAAGUUCGGCUCAACGAAUCAAAGAACAAAUUCACAGAAGCAACCUGGACGCAAAAGAUCAAGGUGAGGCUUAUUGCUCCGGUUGUAUCCCAAACGGAAGAAGUAACGAACAAUGGAGAAGGCGACCUAACUGCUGCAGCAGAGCUGCCUAAAGAGGGAUGUCGAAUGAAGAAUGGUAUUCUUGAAUGGACUAUCGCAUUGCAAGACGGGAAGACUGCAGAACUGCAUGUGAAAUGGGCAGUCGAUCAUCCCAAGGACGAAACAGUAGAAUUGUUAGAACGCCACUGA